AUGGUUGAAACUAAGAAAGAGCUUGAAGAGCGCCGAACGAUUGCGAAGCUCAAACGUGAGUCCGCGAUCGACGGUAUAAAGGCUGUACAUGCCAUGACAGCUCGCGUGGGUACAGAGCCAGACUUCAUUCCCGAGUUUAUAUUAAACGUUGAUAGUCUCGAUGUUUUGUGGUCCCAAUUCAAGGUCGAUGACAAUGCACUUCUAGAAUGUCUCGUUAAAUUGAAUAGAGCGUCAGAGUACUCGGUAGGACAAGCUGGUGAAAUAAGUGCUCUAAUUAACUCCGCAAGAGCCGUCGCCAAUUUACAUCGCCCAACUCGUUCCAUCUCCGUGGUGGACAAUAAUGCCGGUAAUACGUCAAGAAUAUCUGACGCAUCGCAGUGUCUAACUUUCUCGCGACUCCCUGAGAUCCCUCUACCGAAGUUUGGAGGUGAUUUCCACCUGUGGCCGACAUUUCGCGAUAGGUUCACAGCGUUGGUCGAUGUCCGCCCGGGUCUCUCAAAUAUCGACAAGCUACAUUAUUUGACUGGUUGCUUGCGCGGUGCUGCUUUGGACGCUAUUCGUGGCAUACCCGCGUCUGACGACAACUACAAGCUUGUGUGGUCAACGCUGACAUCUCGGUUUUACCGACCUCGUAUGGUCGCCACGUCCUUGAUCGAAAGAUUGCUAAAUGCGCCGUCGUCAUCCCAGGAAUCGCUGCACGAUCUCACCACCCUGUUGACAACAUUCGAGGAAAAUAUUCCGUUACUGUUUGCGCUGGAUAUUCCCGAUUUCGGAUCGUUCGUUUUGUUUUCCUUAGCAUUUCGUACGUUACCGCUAAGUGUUCGGAAGAUGUUUGAAUCCACCAUGUCCAACAACGUUACUUACCCUUCCGUCGAUAAAUUGUUAGACUUCAUCCGUGGUCGUAUAACCGUGCUGGAAAACGUCAGUGAAUCGAAGAAAACCAGUAAUAAUCCGAGGGCGUACACUACCACGGGAUCGGCUCCAAACCUUCGGUCGGGACAACGCAAUUCUGUGGUUUUAGUCGCUGCAAAGCCACCAAUCCAAGGCUCUAGCGAUUCAAUCGUAUCGUGUCCUUGUUGUUCUAAUUCGCACGCCAUUAGCAAGUGCUCAAAAUUUCGAUCAUGGUCCUUGGACGACCGGAAUGAGUGGGCCCAUGACAAUAAGUUGUGUUUUAACUGCCUAGGAGGUAACCAUUGGAUUCGCGCUUGUCCAUCGAAGUCGAGAUGUCAGACAUGUUCCAAAAAGCACCAUACGCUUUUACAUGGUGCCACUUCUACGCGGAGGGAAAACGGGGUUGAAGAUAGCGAAGACGCCGGGGAAGCGUCCUGUUGCGCAGCAUCAUUAUCGACGCACCCGAGUGCGAUACCGACCGUGUUGUUAGGUACCGCGUUAAUUCACACCCGUGAUAGGGCGGGUACGUGGCAAACUGUCCGCGCUUUGGUGGAUUCCGCGUCGAAAAUCAGUGCUAUGACGGUCGCGUGUUCAACUCGUCUUGGGUUCAGGCCCCGUCCAUGGACUAUGCCCGUAAGUGGUAUAUCCGGCACGCCCAUUGUUAGCGUCCAAGGUGUUGUUGAGUGUCAUGUACGACCACGAUUCGCGUCCGAGCCCGAGCUCACUGUCCGGACGUGGGUGUUGCCUUCCAUCACAAGCGACAUGCCACGCACCUCACUCCCUACGGAUAUAAAAGACCGAUUUUCCAGUCUGGCAUUAGCGGACCCUCAAUUCGACGUAACUCAGCCGGUUGAUAUGUUACUUGGUGCGGACGUAUUUUCCGCUAUUUUGGACGGGCGGAAAGUCAAAAUCGACGAAUCGUUACCUACGGCAUUUAGCUCGAUAUUCGGAUGGGUCCUAUCGGGCCACUCCCGGCGAUGCUUACUUGUCACCUCACCACACCAGUGUCUCUAG